AUGGGUUUUCAAAAACUAUCAGUAUUUUUUUUUAUUCUUUCCUACUCAAUUUUUUGCCACUUAGUUUGGAAUGGGUGUUAUAAUAUUCAUUCCUGCUCUGAAACGGAAGUACAUAAUUCGCUAUACAAUACUAAUAAAAAAAUACAAUCUAUAAAAUUAGGAUUACAAAAUAAUAUUAAAUUGAGCCGAAGGAAAACUAGGGGUUCAAAAACCGCCCCUUGUCCUAUCCUUCCAAAACCUAUAAAAUCGAUAUUCCAUUUUAAUUGGUUCAGAAAAUCUCCUGAUUUAUUCCCCAUAAGUAUACAGUUAUAUUCCAUGUUUGAUGAAAAAAAUAAUACCUUAGGAUUUAUUCUUCUGUCUUCAGCUAUUUUUACUAUAAUAGAAUGGAUGUAUAUAAUCUACCUACUAAGUAGGCUAUUAUGGGAUGGAAUAGUAAAACCCGUAUUUAAAAUAAUAUACUUAAUAAUAUUUAUAUGUGUAUUGAUGAAAAUAUCGGUUAUGCUUUUGCCAUAUACAAAAUCUUAUAUGUCUCAAGAUAAUUACCAAUAUAUAUCUUCUAUGGUUUUUAGUUUUUAUAAUAUAACUCGUAAGUUAUAUAAAGAUUUUGGAAUAUUAAUAAAUAAUGCUAUAAAAGAUGAUGUAGGACAAUGUAUAUAUAAUAGAGAAUAA